CCUUCACCAUCCGUUACCAAUCCCCGUGGUUCGAGUGAUCCAUCUCAGCUCAAUAGAGUGGGCAUUCAGUCACUUUCACCACCCUUCCAACCAUUUACGCAAUAUUGUCGAUCCAACACUGCAUCACUUACGAGCACGAUUAGAUGAAUGCCAUUCUCCGAAUGUGGGAAAAGCACCUCUUCCAUUCGUUAUGCACAUACCGGCAAUAAAUACCCUUUCAAUAGCAUAGCAGCAUCGCUCUCGCCCAAUCGCCGACAAACAGACUGUCUUCCCAGAACCACUCAGAAUGUCGAAAUUGGCUAGUCUGGGAGCUACUCCGGAGUUUAUUCCGGGACGCCCUUUCCACCUGGGACUGGUAAAGAACUCCACGAAUGCGAACAUGACCAUGAUGCCCUCCAACCGAGAGACACUUUCCUCACGACGACGACGACGACGCAGUCGGAAAGUCCAGCUCAAGGUCAUCAACGUUCCGUCUUCUCCUACAGCCUCCUCAGGCGCAAGUCAACACUCAACAGAGACAUCAAGUUCUGCUUUUGACGGCGUCGAAAAUUGCAAAGACCACCACAUCCAUCCAUCCAAGAACGACAUACCCCCCGGCACGCCCACAGCUCCGGCAGCAGACCGAAUACAGCAGAUCCAACUGCAUCAUAUCCCAGUCUAUCACAGUCGCAUCUUUCACACUCGUCCUCCUCCGAACGCACCGACCGGCCUUGCAGCCGAUAGAAGACGAGGAGCGAAGAUUCCUGCAGUGCCCCCUCAGAUCCCUCCUCAGGCCGCUCCUCAGGCCGUACCUAGCCACUGCCAGUCUAAGGUCUGGCGGAGCCCCAAGACCGAGUUGACGGACGCAUUUCAAAAAGUGCAGGUCGAAAUGCAACGCCUUGGUUUCAGCAGAUCGCCUGCUGCCCCCACCACAUUCGAGGAAUACUUGGAAGUUGUUCUAGCUAAGAAAGAACGCAAAAUACAACAGAAUGCCGCCGUGAUACAGGCCAUCAAAACAAAGGCAGAACAGCACAAGAGAGCGCGACAGAAAGGCGGUAGCUCUGGCCAUACUUACAGCAGGGCAUCAGCUUGGGCUAAAGGUUCGACUUUGGUGCAGGAACCGACUUUAGCCACUGCCCACCCUUUGUAUGGAGCUGAUCCAUGCUGGAACAUGCAGUACCCCGGUAUAACAGAAAGACCACAAGAUCUACGUGCCGAAUGGCCUACGCUGGCGGGAUACAAGGAAGCCGGCUGCCAGGCUUUUGACAACAGUUGUCUGCCUCCUCCGAAACAGCUCAACGUUCAGGAUCAACCCCAUAUGGCACUUGGGGAUGCGGCGUGGGAAGAGCGCGUACUGAUUCACCAAGGAAAUGCCACUGACUUGGACGAAAUCAGCAUCUUCUCACUUGAGAAUGAUACUUCGACUGAAGCUGACCUGGCCUAUCACAUAGACCCGAAGAGUCUUAACGACUGGACUCGAGAAAUCAUCGACGAAAUCAUCCUCGAGAUAGAGGGCGACGAGACAACGAUCACGGACGAAGACGAAGCUUAGGCAGCAUUGAACAAGCAAAGAAAGGGAUGCUGUCUAAGUCAAUCAGUAUGAGAGGCAGAAAGAGGAGGUGGAACGAAGACAUGUUAUAUGGCUCUAGUGCAUUGGACCAAAGUUUGCAGUUGGCAUAUGCCAGUGCCGACUAUAGAUUGAAUAUGCCACAUUGGCUUUCAGUAAGGCCAUUGUUGGUGGCCAGAACAUCUGGAAGGAGACAAAUACGUACGACGCAUUGAGAGUAUCGAACUUCUUCU